UGCGGAAGGUUUGCGGAAAGGGCUGAGCGGCGCUGCCGGGGGAAGCGAGUCUUGGGGUCCCGACGCCAGCGGGCAGCUCCCGAAAACCUCGUCCCCUUCCUUUCGGCUCCGUCUCCACUGGGCGCAGAGUUCGCCUUGUUUCCCACGACCGCCGCUCCUGAGACGGCGGUUCACGCGGAAAAGUUUUUCCCCGCCUUUCUUUGCGCCGAGGAGGUGAGCGGCUCUUCCCAGCCAUGCCUGUCUUCCACACCCGCACGAUCGAGAGCAUCCUGGAGCCGGUGGCGCAGCAGAUCUCCCACCUGGUCAUCAUGCACGAGGAGGGCGAGGUGGACGGCAAGGCCAUCCCGGAUCUCACCGCUCCAGUGGCCGCCGUGCAAGCCGCCGUCAGUAACCUGGUCCGGGUGGGAAAAGAAACUGUUCAGACAACUGAAGACCAGAUUUUGAAGAGAGAUAUGCCACCAGCAUUCAUCAAAGUGGAAAAUGCUUGCACAAAACUUGUCCAGGCAGCUCAGAUGCUCCAAGCGGAUCCUUAUUCAGUACCUGCUCGUGAUUACCUGAUUGAUGGGUCCCGAGGCAUACUUUCAGGGACAUCGGACUUACUUCUGACAUUUGAUGAAGCUGAGGUCCGUAAAAUCAUUCGUGUUUGCAAAGGAAUUCUAGAGUACCUGACUGUGGCAGAGGUGGUGGAGACAAUGGAAGACUUGGUGACAUACACGAAGAACUUGGGGCCAGGAAUGACAAAGAUGGCCAAGAUGAUUGAUGAACGACAGCAAGAGCUGACUCACCAGGAGCACCGAGUCAUGCUGGUCAACUCCAUGAACACUGUGAAGGAACUCCUACCAGUUCUUAUUUCAGCAAUGAAGAUUUUCGUAACAACUAAAAACUCCCAAAGCCAAGGAAUUGAGGAAGCCUUGAAAAACCGCAAAUUUACAGUGGAGAAGAUGAGUACUGAAAUAAAUGAAAUAAUCCGUGUGUUACAGCUCACAUCCUGGGAUGAAGAUGCUUGGGCCAGCAAGGACACAGAAGCCAUGAAGAGAGCUCUGGCUUUAAUCGAUUCCAAGAUGAACCAGGCCAAGGGAUGGCUUAGGGACCCCACUGCUCCAGCAGGGGACUCUGGUGAACAAGCCAUAAGACAAAUCCUGGAUGAAGCAGGAAAUGUUGGAGAAUUGUGUGCAGGCAAAGAACGUCGGGAGAUUCUAGGCACCUGCAAAAUGCUGGGCCAGCUGACGGAUCAACUGGCUGAUCUUCGGGCCAGGGGACAAGGUGCCACACCUCUAGCAAUACAGAAGGCUCAGCAGAUCUCUCAAGGGCUAGAUUUACUAACAGCAAAAGUGGAAAAUGCAGCUCGCAAGCUGGAGGCCAUGACCAACUCUAAGCAGGCAAUUGCCAAGAAGAUUGAUGCUGCUCAGAGCUGGCUAGCAGACCCUAAUGGGGGCAGCGAAGGAGAAGAGCACAUUCGAGGCAUUAUGACUGAAGCCAGGAAAAUUGCGGAGCUUUGUGAAGAUCCCAAAGAGAGAGAUGAUAUUUUGCGGUCCUUGGGGGAAAUCUCUGUUUUAACGGCUAAAUUGUCAGAUCUUCGGAAGCAUGGGAAAGGCGAUUCGCCAGAAGCCCGUGCAUUAGCCAAGCAAAUAGCUACGUCACUUCAGAAUUUGCAGUCUAAAACCAACAAAGCUGUUGCAAACAGCAGACCCGUCAAACCAGCUGUUCAUCUGGAAGGCAAGAUUGAGCAAGCUCAAAGAUGGAUAGACAAUCCCACAGUUGACGAUAGGGGUGUAGGCCAGGCUGCCCUCCGGGGACUUGUGGCUGAAGGGCGUCGUCUUGCCAAUGUCAUGAUGGGACCAUACCGUCAAGACCUGCUUGCCAAGUGUGACCGUGUGGAGCAGCUCGCGGCCCAGUUAGCUGAUUUGGCAGCAAGAGGCGAAGGAGACUCUCCUCAAGCCAGAGCUGUGGCUGUUCAGCUUCAGGACUCAUUGAAGGACCUUAAAUCAAGGAUGCAAGAAGCUAUGACCCAGGAGGUUUCUGAUGUGUUUAGUGAUACUACAACGCCAAUCAAACUGUUGGCAGUAGCAGCCACUGCUCCUCCAGAUGCACUCAACAGGGAUGAGGUCUUUGAUGAAAGGGCAGCCAACUUUGAGAAUCACGCAGCCAGACUUGGGGCUACUGCAGAAAAGGCAGCUGCAGUUGGAACAGCCAACAAAAAUACUGUAGAAGGCAUUCAAGCAACUGUGAAGUCAGCAAGAGAACUGACACCUCAGGUAGUAUCUGCUGCUCGCAUCCUUCUGAGGAAUCCUGGAAAUCAAGCUGCUUAUGAACAUUUUGAGACCAUGAAGAACCAAUGGAUUGACAAUGUGGAAAAAAUGACAGGCUUAGUAGAUGAAGCAAUUGAUACCAAGUCCCUGUUGGAUGCCUCUGAGGAAGCCAUUAAAAAAGACCUGGACAAAUGUAAAGUGGCAAUGGCUAAUGUGCAACCACAGAUGCUAGUAGCGGGAGCCACCAGCAUUGCCCGGCGAGCUAACCGUAUCCUGCUAGUGGCAAAGAAAGAGGUGGAGAACUCAGAAGAUCCUAAAUUCCGUGAAGCUAUUAAAGCCGCCUCUGAUGACCUGAGCAAAACCAUUUCACCGAUGGUGAUGGAUGCUAAAGCUGUGGCAGGCAACAUUUCUGAUCCUGGUUUGCAGAAGAACUUUCUUGAUUCUGGAUACAGGAUUCUAGGAGCUGUAGCCAAAGUCCGAGAAGCUUUCCAGCCCCAGGAACCAGAUUUCCCACCCCCUCCUCCUGACCUUGAGCAGCUUCACCUCACCGAUGAACUUGCUCCUCCAAAGCCACCUCUGCCCGAAGGGGAGGUUCCUCCGCCUCGUCCCCCACCACCCGAAGAAAAGGAUGAAGAGUUCCCAGAGCAGAAGGCUGGGGAGGUGCUUAACCAGCCCAUGAUGAUGGCCGCAAGGCAGCUACAUGAUGAAGCGAGAAAGUGGUCCAGCAAGCCUGAUGUACCUGGUGGGGGCAAGGAAGCCCCUGCUGACGUAGGUGUAGAUCAGGAGGAGGCGGAGGAGGAGGAGGAAGGAGAAGUUGAAUUCACCCUCCCCUCUGACAUUGAAGAUGAUUACGAGCCUGAGCUGCUGCUAAUGCCAACCAACCAGCCUGUUAACCAGCCCAUUCUGGCCGCUGCUCAGUCUCUGCACCGGGAAGCUACCAAGUGGUCUAGUAAGGGUAACGAUAUCAUUGCUGCUGCCAAGCGGAUGGCCUUGCUGAUGGCCGAGAUGUCCCGCUUGGUUAGGGGUGGCAGUGGAAACAAACGGGCUCUCAUCCAGUGUGCUAAAGAUAUUGCAAAAGCUUCCGACGAAGUGACCCGGCUGGCUAAGGAGGUGGCAAAACAGUGCACGGACAAGAGGAUCCGAACAAACCUUUUGCAGGUUUGUGAGCGAAUCCCAACCAUCAGUACACAACUGAAAAUCCUGUCCACCGUCAAAGCAACCAUGUUGGGCCGGACCAGCAUCAGCGAUGAGGAGUCUGAACAGGCCACAGAGAUGUUGGUCCACAAUGCCCAGAACCUCAUGCAGUCUGUCAAGGAAACUGUCCGAGAAGCUGAAGCAGCAUCGAUUAAGAUUCGGACAGAUGCUGGAUUCACUCUGCGCUGGGUCAGGAAGACACCAUGGUACCAGUAGAGCACUGCUCCUCCCUAAGCAUAUAUUUUUCACGAAAAUCCUUGUUUUGCAGACCACCUAAAGGUACUGCUAAGGUUGAGAGUUUCCUGAAGCCCCAUCUUAAGGGUUUUAAUAAUGCGCUGGGCUGCUUUGGGUAUCUAAUCCACUCUAGCUCAUUUCCAGAGUGACUUUUUCCCUCUCUUGCUUUUGAUUUUUCAAAAAAUAUUUUUAGAAACACUGUCCCCACCCAUUCUCCUUCCCACCUACCUCUGUCAUGAUUGUAUAUGCUAGUGUUUUCUAUGCAACACAGCAAUGAGUAUUUUGCUGUAGCAUAAUUUGAAACUCUGGGUCAUCUUUGUUUGCUUAGCUGUUAAUUGUGAGUGACAAUCAGGAAACAGUUCAGAUAUUCAGUUUUCUGCUUUUACAUUUUUGAUGAGAAGAUACUAAAUUUAAUUCCAUCCUCUCCAAAUUGAAAAGUGUCUUUCCUUUGGCAGGAGGGAAUAAUUUUAGUAAUCAAAAGUUGCUGCUGCUAAUUCUUUUGACUAAUGGCGAUCUCUAAACCGUAAAACACUGGGGAUGAAUUUUCCCAUAGCUACCAAGUUCCUUCAGCACUUUGAUCUAGGACAGAGCUAGGAAAUAACGUUUUCUGAGUAUUUAGGCUUCUUGCCACCAGAAUCUGAGUUGAGAGCGGAAUGGGUUGGUCUGUUUUGCUAAACUGGAGGAAAAGCGUUGGAGGUACGAUAGUGAUAUCUCUCUCGUGGGGUUUCAGAAACAAUUCUCACUUCAGGCUUUAUGAAGCAUCAUCACGAAAAUAUUGAUGCCACUUGCAAAUCCAGCUGCUAUCAUUGGAAUCUGCUCCCUUAUGGACAGCUUGUGCAUUCACCCAGAAAACACAGCUAUUGGUGCUACGUGGUCUCUGUUAGAGGAUUCUGGCAUGUAGCCCUCUACGUUCAUGAAAGGGCUCGGUGGCACUUGGUUACCUUUUCCUACAACUUUAGUGUUGUCUUCUGUACCUUGGUGCAAUUCUGAAGAAAAUUUAGAAUGACUGUUUCACGCCUUCUCUUCAACUGCCAAGAUCCAGGGAAGCUGGCUCCUCACUCUUUUCUGACUACAAGGUACUCACAAUUGCCAUUUAGGAUCUUGGCAACAGUAGCUAUCACAGAAAAUAAGAGGACAGGCAACUUUAUCUUGUCUUGCCUUUUCAGUCUGUGUGAACUGGGUAGGAAGAGAUUUUAAAUGGCCUUCCUGGCACCAUUUCUGGAAGGCCUUUGACCACCUCAUAGUCCAGCCUUUCAAGUGUGAGCUUCUUAAAUCACUACCAUUUAAUAGCUUGACUUUGUAUUAAUGCAAUAUUAUUAAUGCCUUUAAUUACAUAAUGGUUUAUACCAAAGACUAGUUUUUGUUAAGGGAUGUUUGAAGGAAAGCUUUGAAUCAUAUUUGACUUGGAUAGUCCUUCAGAAUAUUUACUAAACUCAAAACUUUGUAGACGUUAAUAGCCUCUACACCUUAUGCAACUAUGCUUUCCUAAACACUCCUGUCCAUCAGAUUUACAAUCAAGCAAACUUGAAUGUCAGGAGCAUUUUGCCACUACUUUUGUUUGUAAACCAGAAUGUUGUUGUAUAUGCUAAUAUUUUCAACUUUCUCUGUUCUGGCCAAAUAAAAUAAAAAUGCAUUUCUAUAAAAUA